CUGUCGCCUUCAUCAUCCUGAAGCGAUCAGGGUCAUUACGUUACAAAAGCUAGCAAAGGACAUCGCACGACCAAGCAAGUAGCUGUAGAGCAUUGGGCCUGAAAAAUCUCCUUGCCUUGGAGCUGUAGCUAGCAGCGCCUGCCGAGCACAUCCGGCCCGAUCCAUUUUUCGAGCAGAAUCGCAGGUCACGCGGGCUACACCUUACCUUCCCAUUGCUGGGGGCAGGCAAACCUCACGACAGUCUGUCACAAUGUCAUCCGCCGAUGCAUAUGCGCAGAAAGCUCAAGGCCUGCGAAGAGGCAGCGGCAGCGGACAAAGCCAGAGUGCAACCUACUAUGCGAACAACAUCAGCGGCAGCAGCAACAACAUAAACACACGUGGCAGUCAAUAUGGGAGCCAGAGGGGCAGCAUACUGAUGCCUAGCACAUCGGCUCCGCGAUUGGCGAACAAUGCGAAUGCGUGGGGACCAGAUGCGGAGGAGAGCGAAGACGAAGAGGAAGACUGGAACAUCUACGAUGACUUUAAUAACGUGCGGCCACUCUCCAGUGCCCCAGAGGCAGCAGGUUUGAGCAGCACCGACUAUCAACGUCGAGCCUCGCAAGAGCUCGUCCGAACUUUAGGCUCGACCGGUCGAGCAUACUCAUCAUCAACGAUAGGCUCACCAUUCCACGAGGAUGAGAAGCGCACUUCGCUGCUUCCCUCUUCCGCCUUCGGAUUCGACGUGCAGAACGGAGAUCCGCGUUUCUCUCAUCCGAAGCGCGCCUCGCAACUGGCAUCGGGCGAAGACAAGGGGAUAAUGACACCCAGCAACGAAGAGCGUAACCCGUUCACGCAAACCACCUUGCACUCCGGCAUCGAGCUGGUCACGGUCCCAGCUCUGGGGCAGGAGUUCACAGAAGAGGAGAGGCGAAAGAUGACACGACCAUAUAAGCGGAAAUCGAAACGCGGUGCAAAGAAGGCAAAGUUCAUGAUAUGGGCUCGGGGGGAGAAGAAGGUUCUCGGCUUUCUGGAUCCGCGCAUGCUUGUUUUCAUCGCUUUCUUCUUCUGCAUCAUCCUUGGCCUCGCGCUUUUCUUUGUGAUUCCUCGGGUACCCACCUUCCAAUUCCUCACCGACAAGCCGUUCGACGCUGUCCCUGACGGCUCCGGCAUGUCCAUCGGCUAUUCUCCUGCCGCGAAUUUCUCGAUGGACAUGAAGGCCAAUCUGCGCGCGGACAAUACGGCAGGCUGGAUUCCAUUGACACUGACGGACAUCAAGGUCACCGUGAACAAUGUCAACACCUACAUCAAGGUUGGUGAGGGGACCAUUGACAAGUACGUCUUCCCCGGCCGCAAGAAGACGACGUUUCAGCUCCCAGUUAGUUUCUCGUACCGCUCUCUCAACCAAUCCGGCGACGCGACUUGGCAGUCGUUCCACCGUGCCUGCGGCCCGAUUUAUCCAAACAGUCCGAGACCUUAUCUGAACCUAGAGCUGACGCUCGACUUCAACGUCCAAGGUCUCAUCGGUCGCAAGGGAGCCAGCACGCAGCUUCCAAAUAUAGUAUGCCCUUUCGAGUUGCAGCCAACACAAUGAGUAUGCGCAAGAUGGGCAUCGUCUCCACCUGCUUACUUUCCUAUGACAUUGCGAUAGCAAUGACGCGCACCCAAUAUUUUGAAUACUCGAGACGACACUCACAUCGCUUCCACUUGUGAUUGGCCGGGUUGGACCCAUUCACGCAUUCAGCACACGCACGCCCUUGCACCGUCCGCACAUACAGUGCUUCCCCUUCGUUCGCUCACUGACUCUGCAUAGACGGACACUUGAUCUUGGACUUUUGUCACGGGUUGUACUUUUGCACCUCUGCACUCAUUUUGCUCGUCUCUGCAAGGAAAUGCCGGUGGUGCAUUGUGCUCGAAAAACGGAGCAGGCCCGGUGUAUGUAUUGCAGACAGCUGUUUCAAACCGAUGUUUGUCGCCC